GCCACUUCAGCCAAAGUUGCUCCCCCUCCUGCUGCACCAACCUUCAGAUUCCCUUUCCCGAAUCCCAAGCCAUUCUGAACUGAAUCCCCUCCAUAGUUCGCUCACGCUCAACUGCAUGCCGCGCGUUCCAGAGUCUGGUUGCCCUCCGAAGCUGGGAAGGAUUCCCUAGAGAUCUCCGACUUCAAGCUGGAACCCAGAAUUCGCUCACGAGAUUCCCGUGUGAUGGGCUUCCAAGCAACACGAACGAGUCCCGCCGCAGAAUCCCGUGCUGGCGUCGGAUGCCAUUCAACACAACAUCGAUGGCGGAGGUGAAGUGUACGAGAUCCAACCGCCGGAAAAUCCUCAUGGUCUUCUCAUCUUUAGAGACACCGACUCUGGAAUUUCUGGAGUGAGCCGCGCAGAUGCUGAGCCUAGGCUAAGCAAUCAAGCUGGCGUGUUCAGGUAUAGAGGCGGACUGAACAUGGCGACCCAAGAACAUAUUAAGGACGUCGCAGGGUCCAACAUCGCUGAGCCGAAGUGCCUGAGAAUCACCGCUCAGUACCUGGCCAGGACUGAAGGCUGGCACGCUUGUGCGUAUAACAGCUCUGCUGGAUACCGUGCCGUCGGCGCUGGGUACAACUUGGAUCAGAAUCCAGCAGUCAUCCUGUCAGAUUUCAACCUUAUUGGUGCAGAUUCUCAUGCGGUGUAUACUGGUUCCAAGUGCCUGACAGGUCCUCAGAUCAGCAGACUGCUGGAGCUCAGCGUCAGGAGGCUUCUUGCAGCGAAAUUGACCUCCGAUUUUGCAAUUGAUGCCAGUAGAUUCUGCUGCGACGUUCAGAAGGCCCUUGUGGAUGUUCUUCUCACCAGCAUGCACCUGGAUCUGGAUGCAUUUUCUUGGUUUCGUAACAUUGUGAAGACGUUGACGAGGCAUGAGUGGAAAAGAGCUGCCAGGCUGCUGGUAGAGACUGCAUGGUGCGCAGCAGACGAGUCAAGAUGUGCUGCCGCUGCCAUGCUGCUUGCUGCUGGGUGUGGGACUCUUUGAUUGACACGAGAGUAGGCUCUGUUGUGCUUGCGUGAAGUGUCUGGAGCGUUGCUCAUUGCUUCCGUAAUCCCAGUCUGAACACACUCCUCACUCUGAUGCCAUUUUGACAAUGGAUGGAUAAAGGCGUGUGUCUUACAGUUCCGGAACCCGGCAAGUUCCGGAACUUGGGCUGGUUACACGUGCCGCGGAGCAUUUCGAUGAGAUCUCGUGAAUUCCUCCCGGGGCAAAAGUUUCGCGAAUUUCGGAACUAGUUCCGAAAUUUCCAGAAGCGGAACUGUAAGACACACGCUAUACGGGUUUUCGUCCUCAACUGCAAGAUUUCUUGUUUCAGUUCCUCCAGUAACGAGGCCUUCUGGUCCAGGUUUUAGGAGCUCAUGUUAGGAGUCGGGACGCAUUUGCGACAAUCCCUUUCUCCGCAUGGCGCUCCAUCUCGUCCCCUUGCGUAUCACUUGUCCGACGUGUCUCAUCUCCGUCGUCCGCCACGUCAGCGCACUGCCGAAUCGACCGCACUCAGCAGUCCCGUUGAAGCUUCCUUGCCGCCGCAGGAUUUGUUCGAAGAGUAGCACCUCAGGUCAUUCGAGGGCAAUAGUUGCCUUAUUCCCUAAUCUGAGCGAUAGUAACGUCUCCCAUAAACUUCCUGGCAACGACAAGACAUUUCCAAGAGUACACAAUGGGAAUGGUAGGGCCUUAUUGGAACGUCCCGAGGGUUCAAGCAGAACGAGCAAGCUACACAACGCAAUCCACAGGAAUCUGCCGUUGAUCCUGAGCAUCCGCCUGAUGGGAUAAAUCUGACGGCUGGGGAUGAACCGCGGGAAUGGGUGGGCCUGGCGGCAUGGCGAACCGCGGCAAUCCGCACAGACACCUUCUGGGGACCUAAGGGUUCUUGUGACCCCCCACCCGGGAUUAAUAAUAAUAAUAAUAAUAAUAAUAAUACGCACAAUGAAGCGGCUGAAGCGGGAGGCGUCAGUCACGCUGCCACGUGGGAUCGGGUCGAGCUUCCUGCCACGCUGGCGGAAUGCGGGCGAAUGGUGCUGGAAUCUCCCGAUCCGCGGUUUAAGAUCGCCGUCACGCACGCCGCGCACCGCUCGCUCGGUGCGGGUGCGCCGGCGGUAGGCGCGGCGGCUGCGGUAGGCGUGCCAGUAGGCGCGGCGGCUGCCCCGUCAAAGCCUGCGCGGCCGGCAAGACCAGAGCUGGUGCAUCCCCGUGCCAUCCCCAAGCCCGGUCCCUCCUCCCCCCUGCCCUGGCCCGCACACAUGCUGCACAAUCUAGCCCACGUGGAGUUGAACGCUAUUGACCUGGCAUGGGAUACCGUUGUCAGGUUCUCACUGCUGGCGGGGGAGGAGGAGAGGGGGAAAGGGGAGGGGGAGAGGGGGAAAGUGACCCCGGACUGGAAGCUUCCACGUCAGUUCUUCUUGGAUUUUGUACACGUGGCAGAUGAUGAGAGUAGACACCUGGCAUGGUGCUUGCAGCGACUGGAGGAGAUGGGGUUCAGCUAUGGUGACAUGCCAGCGCACAACCUCCUCUGGAAGGACUGCGAGAAAUCGGCCAAUCACGUGCAAGACAGGCUGGCAGUCAUUCCAAUGGUGCAGGAAGCAAGGGGACUAGACGCAGGCCCAAGGCUGGUGGAGAGGUUGAUAGGGCUGGGCGACACCAGGAGUGCAGCAGUGGUGGCGAAGAUAGCCCAGGAGGAGGUGGCGCACGUGGCAGUGGGGGUGGCGUGGUUUGUCUGGGUGUGCGAGCGCAUGGGGGUGGACCCACACCUGUCCUUCACGACUGUGAUCCAAGCCCUGUGUGCCGACGGGGUGAAGGGUCCCUUCAACCAUGCAGCUCGUGCCACAGCCGGCCUGCCACGCCAUUGGUACGACCCCCCAGCACCGCCCACUGCUGCUGCCCUGCUCGAUACAGUCACAUCCGGCACUGCUGCCACUGUCACGCCUGCUUCAGUCACACCUGCCGCGGCCACAUCAGCUCAUGCCUCGUCCACAUCAGCUCAUGCCUCGUCUGCAAGAUCAUCUAGUGGAGGGACAAAGCAGGGGGGGUAGAUUGAUGGUGGAUAGACAGGCCAAGAAGCAGCAAGAGGUGGGCAAAAAAUGGAGAAAGCUUAUGAGCGGGCAGGUGAAUCGGGCAGCCCGGGAAAAGAUGCGGGAUCAACUGCAGAGGAAGGCGUCUCGCAUCGAGGCCCACAUCCAACGGUGCCAGAUGCUCCUCCAAUCAGACUCUGCCACGUCAUCACCCUCCUCCUCUCCUUCCUCCUCCUCCUCCACUUCCCCAUCUUCUUCCACAUAUCCCUCCGAGGAAAGCUGUCACGCUUCUCCCUCGAAUCCCCCAUGCGCUUCCCAAGAGCCGCUUUCUGCAAAAGUUACAGAGGGGGUCUCAGCGUCACAUCCCCCUUACAAGCUGUCUCGCCAAGUGAAGCAGGACUUGCAGGCCCAGCACAGCCACUCCCAGGAGCAGCUUAAAGAGGUGCACCGGCGCUUGGCCUUGCUCAUCUCGUUUGAGGACCACAGAGUGUAAUGAAUGAGUCUGUUUUUUAGUCGACUCUCAAAACACAAACUCAUUACACACGGUGCACCAGCGCCCGCCUGGCCUUGCUCUCAUCUUAUUUGAGGGCCAUUGAAAUUCAGCUGCUUAACCUUUUGAAGAAUUUGAACUUGUGUUGUUCUCCUGCAAUUCAAACUAUCCCUUGUAGUU